AUGCCGUUGUCAUCAUCUACUGUAAUUUACCUCCAAGUUCCAACCAGCAUCACUUGGGUUUGUCUCUGGAUUUCAAUCUCUUAUUUUACGUUUUGGAUCUCGAAAACUUGCAUUCUGUACACAAUCUUUGUUCCCCCAAGUGACUGGGAUUUGUCAGGCAAGCAAUCUCUCUUAUUCAAUAGGGAAACCCCUAAUUUGAUAGGGAAACAAUCCUCAACGCCCAACCAGAACCACCAAGCUCAACCAGAGUUUCCCCACCUCAUUCCUCUUCUGGAGAUACAACCCAUCAUGAAGGCAAACUUUGGGGACUCAAGGUUCAUUCCCACGCUUAAGAAAACUGGCAGGCAAUUUAAUGUGCAACUGCCACUUCAUGGGAGGAAAAUGUGA